ACGAAACCAAAAGGUUCAGUUGUGACAUUGACAUUCCAUCAUUUAUUUAUUUAUUUAUUUAUUUAUUUAUUACAGAACAACAAACAGUUACAAAAUGAAAUAAUACAAAAUGAGACUUAUUCUAUAUAUAUUUCAAAUAGUGAAAAUAAACCAAACAAAACUAACAAAAAUUUGUACCUAUAUGUAAACAAGUACUUACAAGAUUUAAAUUCGUGGUACGUACUAUUUUACGAUAUUAAAAUGUUAUAAUAAUUAUUACAAGAAAAAUAACAGAUAUUGUCAUAAGAUGUUUAUAUUAGAAAAUUGAGUUGUUUAUAAAACUAUGUACAUUAAAAGAAGCCGCAGAUAAAAGGUUAAAUUAGAUGGUUAAUUUAUUGUAACGCUAGGUUUUACCACGAAACUACCAGGAUUGCAAGGAGAAUGGAUUUGGACGUAACACUUGCUCCCGAGGAAUAUCUAGAAGCAGCAAUUAGAUUUUGUAAUAUAUCAGAUACUCUGAAUGAUGAUUGGAAAAUAAUCAUAGAUGAAGAAAACCCGCACAAAUCAUACCUUAUUAAAAAUACUUUCGUAACACAAGACACAAAUGGGCCUAAAUUGUGUAAAGCAGAGCUUGUCAUAUUCUAUAACCUUCAUUAUGGGGUCCCUGCUUUUAGUUUCAAUAUUUGGAAUUCAUCGGGAGUGCUGUUGACUCUGGAUGAAAUUCGUGAGAUGACUUUUGUCAAGAUCAAGGAGAAAGAUUUCUACACUGUGAUAACUCAGCAGGAACACCCAUUGUUUUCCCGGCCGUACUUCGUGAUGCACCCAUGUCACACCGCCGAACUGAUUCAUAUGUUUAAAAAUUCCUCUAACAAUAUUAUUGUCACUUUCCUUGGAUUAAUUACACCACUGUUGAAUAUAAAUUUGCCGAUGGGUUAUGGAGUCAGUGAUGUUAAAGACAUAACGUGAGAGAAGGAAAUAUAAAAAAAAAAUCAAAAAUAGUAAAUGGCAUCUGUCCUGUAAAUUUUCCAGUGAGCUUCACAGACAAUAUAGGUUCGGGUAAUAUAGCAGAUCAAAUUUUGCCAGAAUAAAGAUUUAAAAGAUA